AUGUCGGCCGGUAUUCCUGAGCAGCGUGAGCGCACUCACCAGAUUAUCAGUUCUUAUUUCAUCGGACCUAAGGCGGGAAACCUUCAAUACUUUCAGGAGAAUAUCGAAACCAUUCUUGAAGAACUGAAAGAUGCAAGACUAGCUUACUUUCCCAAUGAUAAGCCGUUCAUACCAGACGAUGUCAAAAACAAGGACCUAUACAAGUUGAUCGUGAAGAACUUCAGUGAGGUAGUGAAGAAGAUUGCCCACCUGAUGGGACAGCAGUCAAUUCCAUUCUGGUCUCCAAGAUAUGAAGGGCAUAUGUGCACCGACAUGACCAUGCCAGCUCUGCUGGGAUAUUUCAUGACUAUGCUUUACAACCCGAACAAUGUUACUCUGGAAGCAAGUCCCUUCACGACCUACGCGGAAAUCAAAGCCGGAGAGCAGCUUUGCGAAAUGUUUGGGUACGAUGUUGACCCCAAUGCUUCGCCUCGGGGAUGGGGCCACAUAACUGCUGAUGGGACAAUCGCCAAUCUGGAGUCUAUCUGGGUGGGAAAGCUGCAGUUCCUGGCGGGCAAGUUCACGAUCGAGAACUGCCAAGGUGAAUCCAAGGUUUUCGAUGAAAUGACCGCAUGGGAACUGUUGAACCUUCGGCCAGACACUGUACUUGGCAUCCCUCAGCGUCUAUACAAUCACCAUAAUAUCUCCAAUGAUUUCUUAGAUAAGGUAAUGGUGGAUUACAAUAUCCAAAACAUUAGUAAGAGCGAGCUGGAAGAGGAAUUUCUGGAGACAGAUGUUAUCAACGACGUGAAGUUUCCAUUCAGGUAUAUGGUAGGAAAGACUCGCCAUUACUCCUGGCCCAAGGGUGCCGCAAUCGCUGGUCUCGGCUCCGACUUCAUCUUCAAAACCUGUCUCGAUGAAAAACGACCCGUGUAUGGGGUUGUUGCUAUCAUGGGAUCAACAGAAGAGGGUGCCGUGGACAACCUGAAGGAGAUCGUGAAAAUGCGAGAUGAUUUCAAAAAGAUGGGAAUGUCAUUUUUGCUCCACGCCGAUGCGGCAUGGGGUGGAUAUUUCGCCACCAUGCUACCGAGAGGUAAAGAGCUAGAGCAACAGGCAGAAAACCUCAAGAGACAAACGACAUCCAAAGGUUUUGUUCCAUCUUUGACACUGAAGCAGAGGACGGCAGAAGAUCUCAGAGCUCUUAAAUAUGUGGACUCUAUUACAGUGGGCCCUCACAAAGCUGGUUAUGUACCAUAUCCAGCGGGCAGCUUGGUCUACCGGGACGGUCGAAUGAGGUUUCUGGUGACUUGGACCAGCCCUUACUUAUCUCAAGGAAAUGUAGACUCGAGUAUAGGAAUCUUUGGCGUUGAGGGAAGAUGGGUCAAUAAGCCAGGAGCCGCAGCCAUGUCAACGUGGCUCUCAAACAAGACUAUCGGACUUGACCAGUAUGGCUAUGGAGGGUCGCUUCUUGGAGAGGCGGCGUUUACUAGUGCUAGACUAUCAGCGUAUUGGGCCGCGAUCGGAGACGAAAAUGACACACCCGAUAGAAUGUUCAUCUGUGUCCCACUGAAUCGACCACCCGGAGAAAACGGAAAUGGCUACUUCUCUACAGAAGCCAGAAAGGAAAGAGAUCUCAUUCGAGAGAAGAUCCUAAGAAAGUCAAAUGACGAUAUUGCUGCAGCGGACGAGGAUGGAAAGCUGAUGGAAUUGCUCCGCGAGUUGGGAUCGGACUUGAACAUCAACGCCUUUGCUCUUAACUGGUUCGAUGAGCAUGGACGCCUAAACGAGGACCUAGAAGAAGCAAACAAUCUCAUGAAGAGGCAUGAGUUGUACGGCGAAUGCGCACAAGAAUUUAUGCACCGACUAGGGGUGAAGAAAAUGCCGGAGAGCCUAUUUGUAUUGCGAAACGUCGUCAUGAGCCCCUUCCCCACGGAUAUGAAAUUCAUCGAUGAGUUGAUGCGAGAGUUUAAGAAAGUGGUGAUGCAGGAGGUGAUCGUCAGUCGCGAACGCAACAAACGUGGCCGGCAGCAGGCCUCAUUCCUGAUGCAGGGUACCGACGAGGUAGAACAAGUCAUCGUGGCUGCCGAUAUAUGGCACAAGGACGAUUACGUGAGCUUGAAAAGAAGCGGGAAGUACAAGCAGAUAACGUUGGAGUCACAUCACAACAUUAAUCUCGAGAAAAAAAUAAAGAUGUUAGCAUGGAAAAGUUCAGGUUCACCGACAACAGAACAAGAUAAGAAAGAAAAUAAGGGUGAAGCUGAAGAUCACACUCUAGGCGAAGCAGAACCGGAGAUCCCAGAAGAAGAAACUCUCUCCCAUUACCCCCACUUCCAUGAUUCUUCGGACCGCCUGGAUCGUCGAUUGUUCUUCCUGGGACAUAUAUACGCGGAUGGUCACAGGAGAUUGUACACCGGUGUGACAUUGAAGAGACUUGUAAAGAGCCGACCUCUCAAUUUACAGCAUCGCGAUCAUGAUUACCCCCAAAGCUUCACACCUUUCUACCUAUACGGCACAGAAAAUCAAGCUCACAUCAGCCAUAUGAUGCUCCGAGCCCCCAACGCGUCGCUCACGGCGGACAAUGUACACUUCGAUCAAGCAACAAAAGACAAGAUCAAAGACAAGCUAGGCCAGGGGCUUAUUCUGGGCUUAACAGAUUACCCCGAAGCAGCCAUGCAGCCAAUUCAUGAACCCCUGCCUGAAGGAUUCCUUUUUCGCAAACACUCAACCGACCUGCGUGUGAAGGUGUGGGAGGAUCCGAAUAUGGCGUGGGCGGAGGGCCCAGGAUUGCUUUGUAACCUUGGUACGGCCAUUGCUGAAGGUACCAUGAGCUUGGGUAGUGAAGUGCAGGUGGAUGCAGAGACUGUCAACUAUGACCCUAAUGGGUCGGUGCCUCCUGACCCUAGCGGCUGGCAGCAAGAGUUUGAUGCGAUUGGAAGCGUAUUGAACACGAACUGGCCGGUUGAGUUGACUGUGCGAGAAAAGGGGUUACCUAAUUGA